GAAGAGAGAAAAAGGCAACUUAAGGAAAACCUAUCUGAACUAGAGAAUGCUCAAAAUAGUAUUCAACUUCUCCGAAAGGAGGCAACAGAAAGAGAAUUAGAGCUUGUCCAGUGCAAAUCAAUAAUAUCAGAACUGAACUUGCAUGCAGAGGCACAAGCAAGCGAAUAUAACCGGAAGUUUAAAGAGCUGGAGGCGAUGGCAUUCCAACUCAAAACUGAGCUCGUAAUCUCCAACACUGCAAAUCCAACAUUAACGAAAUCUGAAAAAGGCGCAGCAAAAAGUAGAGGCUCUGGUUCUCCUUUUAAAUGUAUAGUGGGACUAGCACAGCAAAUCAACACCGAGAAGGAUGAAGAGUUGACUGUGGCAAGAUGCAAGGUUGAAGAACUCGAAGCUUUAGCUGCAAGCCGACAAAACCAGAUUUUUAUGUUAAAUAUACGCUUAGCAGCAGCUGAGAGCAUGACCCAUGACGUUCUUCGAGAUUUACUGGGAAUCAAGUUGGAUAUGACAAAAUACGCAAAGAUGAAUGGGGGAUCUCAUUCAGAUGAUUCAAUGAAAGGAAAGGAUAAGGAGUUGGGAGAGCUGAAAAGGAAAGUUGAUGAAUUUGUUGAAGAGAGAAAAAGCUUGCUUGAAGAAAUAAAUAGAAGACACGAAGAAUUAAUUGCUGCGCAAAUUAGGUUGCGGAAGCUCGAGGAGAAUGAGGAAUUUUUAUCUACGGAAAAUGAAAUAUUGAAGGUUGAUAAUGCCAAAUACAAGAACAUUGCCAUGGAACUUGAGCAGGAAUUAGAAAAAACUUCUAUCCAGCUGAAUAUGCAAUAACCUACUCCAUGCUAAAGGAAUCACCAAUUGAUUAACCCGGAAUUUUAUCUAUCACCAGUUUAAGGGGGUUGAACGUAUCACCUGUAUGAAAAGCCUCCUUUCACGACAUUGGAAGCAGCCAAAUCUAAAUCAGCAUCUUCGAGGAUAAUGCAUGCAUAUUUGCCUCCAAGUUCCAUCUGGAGAGGGAUCAUGCCAGCUUUCUUAGAAAUGG